AGUAGGACAGAGGUCUUCAACGUAGCAAAGAAAACAGAGAAGCUAUAAUGGUCAGCAAGAAUGGCGAGUAACCCAACUAGAAGAGAUCAGACACGAUUCUGCGCCUUUCAUGGAGAACAUGGACACGAUACAGAGGAAUGCAAACAACUGAAAAUAGAAAUUGAGAGGUUAAUAAGACGAGGAGCACUCCGGCAAUUCGUUAAAACAAACGACAGUAGCAGAAAUAGGAAAGAUCGGCACAAAAAGCCUGGAGAGAAAGAGAAAGAAGAAGAACAGCCACUGGAAGUUGUAGGGACCAUUAACAUCAUAAGCUUACCGUUUGAAGUACGCAGCAAAGAAAGAACCUCGCCAGUAACACUGGAAGCAAAGAAUUCUUUAAGAAAAAGCGAGACUAGGAUUAAAUGCAUUACAAGCAGUAAUCUCUACAAGCCACAUGAUGAUCAAAUUUCCUACGCUAAAAGGUAUUGGAGUGGCAAGAGGAAGGUCCGCAGAAAUUCAGGAAACUGUCACAGCACAGGUGAUAUCGGGAGAAGAAGAGCAUUGACAGUAGAUACAAUGGAUGCACGAGAAGGAAGCGCAGCUGACAUGCCCAUAAUAGACCCUGAAGUUGCAUGCCAUAGGCUCGGGGUACCCCCAGAAGCUGUGCCAGUUAGGCAAAAGAUGAGACAAUUUGGAGCCGAAAGAACCGCAACUAUAAAGGAAGAAAUAGAGAAAUUAAAAGAAGCAGGAUUUAUAAAAGAAAUAAACUUCUGUGAGUGGUUAUCUAACGUCGUCAUGGACAACUAUGCAUUGCCUAACAUAGAUGAAUUAGUGGACAACUCCUUCGGAUAUGAAGUACUCAGUUUCUGUGACGCCUAUUCAGGAUACAACCAAAUCCCACUUGCAGAAGAGGAUCAAGACAAAACAGCUUUCAUCGCAGUAGGAGAAACAUACUGCUACAUAGUGAUGCCAUUCGGCCUAAAAAACGCAGGAGCAACAUACCAGCAUUUCGCAAACAAAAUCUUUGUGUUGUUGAAAGAAAAGUGCGUAGAAGUAUAUGUCGAUGACUUGAUAAUAAAAAGCAGAAGUCUAGAUCAGCAUCUUGAAGACUUAGAGCAAGUUUUCAACAUACUACAGGAAUAUGGCAUGAAAUUAAAUCCUCUAAAAUGUACGUUCGGGGUAAAGGCGGGAAAAUUCUUAGGCUUCAUGCUAACCAGCAGAGGUAUUGAAGCAAAUCCAGAAAAAGUGCGUGCAAUAAUAGAAAUGAAACCCCCAGCUUCAAUAAAAGAAGUACAGCACCUUAUGGGAAAAAUUGUGGCAUUAGGAAGAUUUUUGUCAAAAUCUGCAGAAAGUGAGAACGGGAGUGGCGCAGGAAUCAUACUGACAUCACCAGAAGGAGAAACCUUCGAAUACGCACUAAAGUUUACGUUUGAGGCAUCCAACAAUAGAGCAGAGUACGAGGCUCUGCUAGGUGGACUUUGGUUAGCAAAAGCUGUGAAUGUAGAAUACAUCAAAAUAUUUAGUGAUUCACAGUUAGUCGUAAACCAAGUAAAAGGAGAUUUCAAUGCUCAGGAAACAAUAAUGACAAAAUACCUGGAAAAAGUUGCGCAACUCCUUAAACUGUUCAAAGGAUACGAAAUGCACCACAUAAAAAGAACCAAAACCUCAAAAGUUGAUGCACUGGCCAGACUAGCAAGUUUAGGAGUCACAGAAUCGGGAAAAGAGAUAUACGUUGAAGAACUGAGCUCCCCCUCAAUAUCUGAAGAAGAAAUCCUAGAGAUAGAAGAAGAAGAAGUAACCUGGAUGAAUCCAAUCAAAAGAUACCUCUUUAAUGGAGAUUUACCUGAAGACAAGAAAGAAGCACAGAAGCUGAAAAAAAAAGCAGCGUGGUAUACCAUCCUUGGUGAUCAUCUCUAUCAAAGAUCAUACACACACCCAUGGCUCAAAUGUCUGACACCCAACGAAGCAAAAACCGUAAUGGAAGAAAUUCACGAAGGAGAAUGCUCCAACCACAUAGGAGCAGAAUCACUAUCAUACAAAAUCCUCCGCCAGGGAUAUUUUUGGCCAACCAUGAAGAUGGAUACAAGGGAAUACAUCAAGAGAUGUGACAAAUGCCAAAGAUUCGCUCGAAUACAACACCAACCGUCAAAUCCUCUGCAUUUGGUAACAGCUCCAUGGCCCUUCGCAAAAUGGGGGAUGGACAUCCUUGGGCCCUUCCUAGAAGCAAAAGGAAAAAAGAAGUACCUUAUAGUUGCAAUAGACUACUUCACGAAAUGGGUGGAAGCUGAGGCAGUGGCCAAAAUAACAUAACAGAAAAUAGAAGAGUUUGUAAAGAUAUGCAUCAUAUGCAAGUUUGGAACACCAAAAAUCCUGGUCAUGGACAAUGGGACCCAGUUCGCAAGUGAAUCUUUCAAAGAAUUUUUUCAAGCACAGAAUCUGGAAAGACGAUUCACAAUCAAAGCUCAGCUAGAAAACAAAGGAAAAACACCAGAGCAAAUUGAGCAGAGAUUUGCUUCAGUAGCUUACCCAGAAUCAAACGGACAGGUAAAA